AUGUCUUGGAGGAGGGUAUCGUUGAAGUUAAUUGGUUAUAGUGCUACAGCCACAGUAGUAGUUUCAUCAAUUGCGUACAAGUACGGACAACGCAAUUGCUCAAUCAACAUACCACAGGGUGACUCCUUCCCCAAUGGCUCCACCACCAGAUUAACUGAUUUAAAACCACCAAAGUAUUGCUCAGAUGUAUCAAAAUUUAUUCCAGAAUUGAAAAAUUGUGGAAUACAAAUUGUGAAUAGUAAACCUGAAAUCGAGCACCAUACUGGUAACGACUUUACUACUCACAAACCUUUGGCAAACGAGGUUCCAGAGUAUGUAGCAUAUCCCAAGACCACUGAAGAAGUAUCUCAGUUGUUAAAGAUAUGUAAUAGAGAGAAAAUACCAGUGGUACCAUUUUCAGGGGGGUCAAGUUUAGAAGGACACUUCCACUCAACAAGACCAGGUAGUAUUGUAGUGGAUACCAGCAAAAUGAAUAAAAUUUUGGCAAUUAAUGAGAAUGAUUUGGAUGUAGUUGUUCAAGCUGGUGUUAAUUGGCAACAACUUAAUUCGGCGUUGCAACCAUAUGAGUUAUUUUUUGGCACAGAUUGCGGGCCUCAAGGUUUGAUCUCCGGUAUGAUUGGUACCAAUGCAUCGGGAAUAAACGCUUCAAGAUAUGGGGCAAUGUCAGCGAAUGUCAUAUCCAUCACUGCAGUGUUGGCGGAUGGAACAAUUGUGAAGACGCGUCAGAGGCCACGCAAAUCAAGUGCUGGGUACAAUCUCACAAAUUUAUUUAUUGGCAGUGAAGGCACUUUGGCAAUUGUUACUGAAGCCGUUUGCAAGGUUUACCCAAAGCCCAGAAGUGAGACUGUUGUUGUUGUGCAAUUCCCGCUGAUUCUUGAAGCGACAAAAACGGUGGCUCGUGUGUUUAGAGUUGGCAUACAACCAAGUGCUAUAGAGUUGUUGGAUGGAGACAUGAUGCAUUGUUUGAAUUACAGUGGGUAUAUUACGCGACCUUGGUUAGAGCUUCCCACUGUAUUUUUCAAAAUUGGUGGAAUCAAUGAUGUUGUUGUUAAGGAGAAUGUGAGCGUAUUGGAAGAAAUCACUAAAGAGAACCAAGCCAAAAGCUUCACUUUUGCCGAGAACAAACAAGAGCAAGAGGAAUUAUUUUCUGCUAGGAAGAAUGCCUUUUAUGCCAUGAUCAAUUGGGGAAAGAAUGAGAUUGACGAGGAUGUGCGAAUAUGGGUGACGGAUAUUGCCGUGCCCUUGUCUCGUUUAUCAUCUGUGCUCCAUGAAAUCAACAAGAUGAUCAAAGCAUCUAAAUUCCGGUCCAUCAUAUUGGCGCAUGCAGGUGACGGCAAUUUCCACGCGGAUAUUUUUUACAAGGAAAAUGAAAAAGUACAAGUUGAGGCUCUUGUUGAUCAGAUGAUUAAGUUGGGGUUGAGAAAUGAAGGCACAGCGACUGGAGAACACGGAAUUGGGAAUGCCAAGAGACGAUUCCUCGAAUUGGAGCUAGGAAAUGAUACGAUAAAUAUGAUGAGGAAGAUUAAGGUGAGUUUAGAUCCAAAUAGAAUUUUGAAUCCAGAUAAAAUAUUCAAAAUUGAUCCAAAUGAUAAAGGGGAAUACUAG